GUGUUUGUCCACUAGGUGAUGUUACAGAGCUCAAAUAUUUCAAAACACAGGAGAGAGAGGAUGCUAGAAUAAUAGAUUCAGUGGAAAUAAUACGGGGUCAGUCUACAAACGGAAAAGAGUUUUAAGUAACUAAAGUACGCGCUUAUUUCACAUAGUCUUAAAAGGGACACUAAAGAGGAGUAAAGGUAAGACCUUUUUCUGUCAGCCUCACGUGAUACAUUCAAGGUCUGUUGUUAGCUCACUUUAGCUCAGUCUGCAACGCUGAACUCUUUCUGUCCGAUAGCGAAAACAACCACACUUUUACUUUUACUUAAAACAAUGCAAAGACACUACUAUACGUCUGUUCAACCAGUAAUGAAGAUAUUUACUAUUAAAUUAAACCCCAUACAGAGCUAAUAGCUGCUGAACAGUUUGUACUCCUUUACAUAGACAGAAUAGGGAAGACUAGCUGAGCGCGGAUAUAAUCAAACCAACCUCCUGUCUGUUAUUUACAGAGCACCUGAUUAAGAGACACCUGUUUCAAUGACUACACUUUAUCAGACUAAGGCUCACAAAGUUUCCAAAAGCCAUUGUAAUAUCUGAAGAAGUCUUGGACAGCGCAAAAUCAGAAUAUAUCCAGUACACAUCAGUCAUUUUCCUGUGUUGCAGCUAAACAAUGGCUACAGCUCUGGCCAACAGAGCCAUUGGAGCCAUCGUGGGAUCAGCUGUUGCAGAUGCAGCAGGUGAGGUUUUAAGACUUUUAGUCCUGUUUGAGAAAUCAUUAGAUGGCCUUUUCCCCUUUUUACCUGUUACCCCUCAAAAUCAGACUGAUUCUUUCAAAGAGGGGGAACCUGAAAACCUCCACAUAGCUUCAGGUGAGAGUUGGUGGCUUAUACUUUUUUUUUUCACCAGCAUGAUCGAAAUGCAUUUUCUUGCCAACAACAGAAGUUUGUCACAAAUCUGUAUUGUGAUUGGGUCAAGGUAACUUUCCUCAAGGCCAGGCAAUGCAAGAGACCUGAAUUACUCUGAAUAGUCACCAAAAAAAAUGCCUCUCAAUUCUUGAGAAAUUGCACCCAGAACCAGUAAUGAUACUGGGCACGGACCUCUCUUUGCAUAAUUCAUUUUUAGGGUAAACACAGCUCCCCUAACCACUGUUUCAAACUACUAAAUCAAUAUCAUGGAUUUGUUCAAUGUAAGGGUGUUCCAGAGUGUAUUAGGUGUCUGUAAACAUAAGCUUGAAUUGUAUAGCUGAGAUAGCUACUUUCAUAUUCAUCCUCAUAAGUGGCUUUUUCUUUAAUAAACCUGACCCUAUGACUUGUCCUCUACAGCUCAGCCCUUGCAUUGGGUGUACGACCUGCAGAAGCUGCAGGGGAUUCUGGCUCAGGAUCCAAACCCUGAGUUUCGUCCUGAGUCCGCCAAUCCUUUCUACAAGAGGCAAACGGGUCAGCAGAGCUGCUACGGAGAUCAGGCCUUUGUCCUUCUGGAGUCCUUGUCAGAGUGUGGAGGUAGGCCUGCUUCUUCAUUUCAGAUGGCUUUGCAUCUGCUCUGGACAUGAAGCAUACCAUCCUCCUUAAGCCUGAAUAAAAUUUAUGUUUUAUGUUUUAUGUUAUUUAUGUUAAAACAAUCAGCAGAUCAAUAAUCUUAACUUUUAAAUAGCUUGCCCAUUUCAUGCUCGUUGUUUUUUUAAUCCAGCAGGGUUAAAAGGUGGCGUAUAUUCAUCCAGCACUUCAAAGAUGUGUCAUGAGCCUCAGAGAUGUUCUGUUUUGCAUACUUAAACAGUGGGAAUUUUGUAUUUGUCCUUGUCUUAGUUGUGCUUUACAUGUUUUACCAGGUCUUAAUGUUGAUGAUCUGAAGCAGCGCACCUUGAAAUUCUUUGGGCCAGGAUCAGAGUAUGACACCCCUGUCAAUAAUCCUUACAGAGAAAGAGGAGGUAGCAAACUCUACAUCUUCAAAGAUUCAUAAAGAGAAGAAAUGCUUUAUUAUUUUUUAAAUGAGAUGAAAUACUGAUAUUAUGCUCUUGUUUAUUUGUUUUUUGUCCAUCAGGACCAAGACCCCAGCUGCCUAUUGAGGGACCAUGGAGACAUGCGAGUUUGAAGAGCUUUCUGAAGAACGUGGAUGCAGGCAAAGAGGAGACAGGUAGAGCAGCAGUCUCAUUACUACAUCCAGUACACUUUGAGAAAGAGUUUUAAGUGAUAUGUGUUUGUCACAGGCUGUGAGAAUGACUGCCAAAUUGAUGGGAUAGCCAAGCUGGCUCCUAUAGUGGCUUUUUACGCUGGAGACCCCAACAUGCUGAGUAAGGUGGAGCAGGCAAUCCGUGUUACCCAGAAUAAUGACGACUGUGUGGCAGAGACUCUGGCAGCUGCAAGGUCAGUAUCUUUUUUCUAUGUAAUUCAAACUGGGAGGAAAACUCAUGAAAAUCAUCUUUACAAGAAUGUCAUGGCCAAGACAAGCAGCAGAAGAAUGAGUUCCACAAAUCACUGAGUAGCCAUUUAUUUGUGAAAAUGUCCAAUAUAGAUAUAAAGAGGAAGCAAUAAGUCUCUUUUUGUACUAAGGGAAAAUGCUGAUUUGAAUCUCAAAUAGGAACAAAUUUUCAGUUUUGGUCUUUUAGCAGCUGCUGAAUUGCCGGUGUAAAACAGUAGAAGUACCAAAAUAAUUCAUCAGUAAAAGUACCAAAAUAUCUGAUGUAAGAGUAGCAUAAUAGGUAUUGUAUGAAUCUGCAAAUUUCUAUCUCUUGGAUCUCAAACAAACUAUACAAAAACAAAAUCUAAAAAUUUUAAAUAAAGCACAAUAAGAACUGAUGUCUUGUAACCAGCAUUUACACUGAGCAACAUUUUGAUACCACUAGAUUACCUUGUAAAGAAAACUCAUCUACACCGUCUUCUUUAUUGAAUUUAUAAUGCUCUGUAAACUGUUGGUGCCCCAUCAUGCUGACACCUCAUUAGCUGCCUAAUAUAGUUGAUUCAGAAGGUGUGUUUUCUCAACAUUAAUUAUUGAUGACUGGCCAUUUAUGGGUUCUGUAAAAUAUUAAAUUUAUACGUUUGAAAUUACGAAUCAAAUUUUUAGAUACAAGAAGCAGAUAUUCCUGUUCAAAAUGAUGACAUUUGUGUGAAAGAUAUAUGUAUACUCAAAGACAGAGGAAAAUGACGUCAUAAAAUGCACUGUGUACUGGUUUGUCUGCAGGAUCCUGGAGCAUUUCAUCCUGAAUGGUCCUGAUCCAAAAGCCUUGGAUGCUGUGCUCAACCAGCUCAGUGAUACGAACAGAAAGCAGCCACAAGAUCUGGACAAAGCAGUCAUUGGUAUGUAAAGCUUGCAGCAUUUUUGCAACCAAGAUCAUGGGACUAAGCCAUGUGAUCAGUGGGUUUAGCCUCACUCAGCUGGUGUGAGGUUGUUAUAAUAAAUAACUUUCAAAAUUCUGAACUUUAAUGUGGUCUAUAUGAACCUUCCUUGCUUUAAAGACAAAGGAUGUUAGGUUUUGUCCGGUUGUAGUAUCAUAUGUGUUUUGGGUGCCUGCAGAUUUAACUUCUUCUUGUCUGAUUACAGCCCACCUCCAUCAGGUGAAAGAGAAUCUAUCAAAGACUCCACGAGAGCUGAUUCCUGCUGUGUUUCCAAACACAUGAGGUAUGACGCUCUUUUUAAGCUUUUUAAUAUUUAGCUUCAUACAACUUAUGAUAAUGACUGACGAAUUUGGUGGUACUUUUUAUAACUUUGGGAGCUGCCAUUUGCUAGAAAAGUAUUGAGACAUGCAAAAAAAAGGACUCUCGGUUAUCGAAACGUUGAUUUGCUUGCUGUACAGGUUUGCCUGGUGCGUUCCAGGCAGCGCUUCAUGGAGUCCUGACAGCCAAGCACUAUGAGCAGGCAGUCAGAGACACCAUGAGCUGCGGGGGAUGCACCUGUAGCAGAGGGUCCUUCAUUGGAGCCUGUCUUGGAGCUCAAGUAUGACUAAAUCUUAUCUUGUGUUCAUUUUAUAUAAUGCAAAUAAUGUUUGUCUUACCUAGUAAAUGUGCUGUUCUCACAGGUGGGGCUGGAGGGGAUUCCUGCCUCCUGGAUGUCCAAAACGCUGCGCUACAACUCAGUGCUGGAGCAUGCAAAGAAGAUCACCAAGCAGCAUCAAUAGUUUGUUUUUCUGUCAAGUCGAUGAGCCUAAUGAUCAAAGAAGAAAAGAAGAAAAACUGUUGAGCAUUUACAGAGCAGUGAAUGAAGGUUCUUGUCUAAACUGUUAAACGACAAGAGCCAGAUGCUUUUGUCUCUGUUUAAGUUUGACAUUUUUCUGAAAUAAAAUAAUCCUUCAAAUGCAAAAAA